AUGGCAUCCGCCGAGACAGACCCUGACGCUGCCAACGAGCAGCAACAACGGCUCCCCGCCAACGCCGAAGACCGCAAAGCCGCCGCUGCCCUCUCGUCGCUCAACGCCAACGAGAUCUCGCAGUCCGGGACCGACGAAGACAAUGCCGGCUCCAAGAUCUCCUCCGCAGACGCGCAGGAAGCGCUCGGCAAAGCCAUGAGUCGCCUGGACAUCUCCGCUGGCGGCUCCGGUGGUGCCAGUGGUGGUGGCACCAGCAGCAGCAAGGCCGGCGGCGGCGCUGGUGGUGCGGGGAAGACGACGGACGCGGAGAAGAAAGACGAGGCUGUAAAGAAGAAGGCUGUCAAGGUGGCUGCGGAGGAUGUGACGUUGCUGGUCGAAGAGCUCGAUCUCACCAAGAACAAGGCCACGGAGCUGCUCAAGGCCCAUGACGGAGAUGCCACGAAAGCGAUCAAGGCGUUUAUCGCCCCUUCUACCUCCACCACUACUGCUGCCGCAUAA